UUUGGUGUAAGCGGUACCGUAUACCAAUGGCGGCCCCCAUGGCAAAAGCCGGACAGGUGCUCGCGACUGCAUCAAAUUGUGUUUUUCAAAGUAUUUUGUUUAAAGAUGUCCUGGCAACAUCCAGGAUACUGACCUGUUACCAACCAGUUCGGGAGAGGAAACGUACCAGUGCCCCACCAGGUUGGCACGUCAAGAAGAAAACAAAUGUAUCACCUGAACAGCUGACAUGGGAGAACAGAGAGUUCCUCAAGGAACUAGCCGAAAACAAGUUUAAGAAUGUUCCAAGUCCUCUCAAGGAAGACAUCUGGCCAAGAGGAGAAUGGAACAAAACUACACGGAGAACAGGUGUUUUAGCUUUAAAGAUUGGAGGUAUGGCACAGUGGAAGAAAAAUGGCGAGAAAAUGGAUGUGACAUUGUACCAGAUAAUUGACAAUCAUGUGAUACGAUAUAUACCACCAGAAGAAUUCAGUACAUCCAUAGGAAGUACUCCAUACUGGAACAGAUUUGGAUCGGUUGUUGUCGGAGCUCUCAGCUCAUAUCCCCAUCAAUUCAGAAAAGAAUACAACAACCUAUUUUUGGAAGCAGGUGUACCACCUAAGCGGAAACUAACACGAUUCUUAGUUACACCAAAUGCAGCAAUACAGCCAGGCACCCCAUUAUCUGUAAUGCACUUCCGAGUGGGAGACUAUGUGGACGUACAAGCCAAGACUAUCGGUCAUGGUUUCCAAGGUGUGAUCAAACGAUGGGGGUUUACUGGGGGUAGGAAAACCCAUGGCAACACAAAGACUAUGCGACGAACUGGGUCUAUUGGACAACAGGGACAUUCACGAGUUAUGCCAGGCAAAAAACUGCCAGGACACAUGGGUAUGGACUGGAAUAUACAGAAGGGGAUAAAGGUUCUGAGAGUCAAUACCAAGUACAACAUCCUUUACCUGAAGGGACAACUACCAGGUCCGAACCACUGCUACACCAGGAUCUAUGACACAACUCUAAGGAAGAAGCGGCGAGAACCUGGGGAGGGUCCUCCCAUGCCCACUUUCUAUAACGAGGAUGCAUCAGAGGAAUUAGAAGAGGAGUAUUUUGACGAUGAACUUUUCAAAUUUUCAUCUCCAUCAGUAACUUUUGAGGAUGAAACAUAGAUAAAAUUGUUUUGAGAUCUACCAUCAUGUGUACUGAUGUUAGUGAAUAUUUGUAUGUAUCUAACAGUAUCUGUUAGUGAAGCUACAUAGAGGCAUAUAUAUAUAUAUAUAUAUACAUUGUAUAUAUAGCAAAAUCGACUACAGAACAACUGCUUGCUAUUUGGUUUGCACUCAUUUAAGACAAGGAAAUGAAGAAUAAAAAAGAAACUUCUGAUUUCUUGCACAGGCAAGAUCUUCUAUUAUCUCUUUAUACCAGUUUUACUGGUAGAUUGAGGGCUGUUAUCUUAUUUGGAAUCAAUAUUACAGUGAUGGGCAAACUAAGUUGAAAGAAAGGUGCCUGUAAGAUCUCUUAUUUCUAAAUCAAUCAGUAUCAUCCCAGUACAUGUAUAGAACCCAGGUGUGAGUGAUCAGUGUAUGAGAAUUUGUAAAAUUGUGUCUGUAUGUGUGAAUUGUUGAAAUAAAAACUUUGAUAUCAUGAU